CCUUAACUCCGGAAUUUCCGGAAGACACGACAACAAAUCUGCACUGCAUCGCUACGACCGGUUGUCCAAAUGGAUUACUUUAGAAAUAUGCUGGGGGGCCCUCAAGGCGAGGGCCAAACCCCCAGUGGAGCUGAAACGGUCGAACGACUGUGUGAAAGGGUUUCGUCUUCCACUUUGCUAGAUGACCGACGGGAUGCGGUUAGGGCUUUGAAAGCUUUGUCAAAGAAAUUCAGAUUGGAGGUGGGCACACAGGCAAUGGACAUACUGAUUAAUGUUCUGGAGCAAGACAGAAAUGAUGCAGAGAUCACUGGCUUCACAUUGGACACACUUUAUCAUGUUAUGUCAAAUGAACCAACAGAUGAAGAAGACACAUCAGCACCAGUCGACAGUGACCUGGGUGGUCAGUUCACAGAGAUUUUUAUCAAAAAGUCGGACAACGUCUCGCUUCUCUUGUCAUUUUUAGAGGAGUAUGACUUUCACGUGCGAUGGCCUACUGUGAAGUUGCUGACUGUUCUGCUGACUAACCGGCAAAAAGACCUGCAGGAAAUCAUCCUGGUGAUCCCCAUGGGAGUGUCAAGACUAAUGGAUCUGCUCUCCGACAGCCGGGAGAUCAUCCGCAAUGAUGCUUUGCUGCUGUUAAAUCAACUGACGAAAGGCCAUGCCAACAUACAGAAGAUCGUUGCCUUUGAGAAUGCCUUUGAGCGGAUCAUCGACAUCAUCAGAGAUGAAGGAGCAUCAGAUGGUGGCAUUGUUGUUGAAGAUUGCCUUCUGCUGCUUCAGAACUUGUUACGGAACAACGCGUCCAAUCAGAACUUUUUCAAAGAGGGCAGUUUUGUCCAGAGACUGACCCCGUUCUUUGAGCUGGAGAGUGAGAACAGCAACAAGCAGGGAGGAUGGUCUGCUCAGAAAGUCACCAACAUGCACCUGCUCUUACAGCUUGUGCGAACUCUUGUGUCUCCAAAUAACCCUCAGAACCAGACUGUUGCCUGUCAGAAAGUCAUGAACCAGUGUGGGCUCUUGCAAGAGUUGUGUUCAAUUCUUAUGGCCAGUGGUGUACCAGCAGAUGUCUUGACAGAGACAAUCAACACUGUGUCAGAAGUCAUUCGGGGCAGUACCGCAAACCAGGAAUACUUUGCUUCAGUCUUAGCUCCCUCAACACCACCAAGGCCCGCUAUCGUGGUGUUGUUAAUGUCCAUGGUGAAUGAGAAACAGCCGUUUGUGCUGCGCUGCGCUGUGCUGUACUGCUUCCAGUCCUUCCUGUGUAAGAACGAGGUGGGACAGUCACAGAUUAUACAGACGCUCCUGCCCACAGCGGCUGAUGCCAACUCUAUCACAGCUGGCCAGCUCCUGUGUGGCGGACUGUUCAGUGCCGACCCGCUGUCCAACUGGUUCGCCUCGGUGGCCCUGCUACACGCCAUCGUGGAGAACCACACGCAGAAGGAGCAGCUGCUGCGGGUACAGCUGGCCACCAGUCUGGGCAACCCGCCGGUCUCGCUGCUUCAGCAGUGCUGUAACAUGCUGUCUCAGGGCGGCAAGUUUCAGACUCGUAUUGGUCUUCUCAUGGUGCUAUGUGGAUGGUUGUGCGACUGCCCCAUCGCUGUCUCACACUUCUUGAGCAACACUGCCAAUGUACCAUAUCUGAUCUCGCAAGUGUCAUCCAGUGAGGGGGAGGAGCAUGAAGCCAUUGUGCAGGGCCUCUGUGCCUUUCUCCUGGGCAUCUGUAUGCUCUACAAUGAUGACAAAAGCGAAGCUUUCUCCAAGAGUGCCUUGAAGCAAGUCAUUCAGAACCGCAUCGGGCUGGAGUCGUUCACAGACAAGCUGACGCAAGUGGCACAAAACGAGAACUACACACGCGCCGCCAAGAAACCACAUUUGUACUACAAGCACCCCAACGAGAUUGUCUUUGACUACUCCUUCACGCGUCUCUUCAAGAGUUUAGAAAACGAGGUGUUGAAGGCGGUGUCUGGCUCGGGCGGCGCCAUCAACGGACGCACGCUGCUGGGUGGGGACGAGGACCAGUACAAGGCUCUGCUGAGGGAGCAGGAGGAGGUGCUGAGCGGGCUGAGGCAGCAGCUGGAGGAAAUGCAGGGGCAGAACAGCGCGUCAGAGAGGCGUGUCGCCGAGCUCACCGACCAGGUCCAGCAACUCCGGGACCAGAACGCCCUGCUGAAGGCACACAAAGGUAGUCAGGGCACUCCGCCCCCAGUAGCAGCGUCGCCGUCCGGAGCCUCCGCCGAGGAAGUGGAAAGUCUGCAGCGGGAGGUGGACAGUCUCAGGUCUCAGCUCACGGAGAAAGAUGCUCAGCUCCAAGCCAGUGCCGCUGGAGGAGACGAAGACAAGGAGAACAACCCAGAUGGCGGGGCUGUGCUUCAAGCUUCCCUGGCUCGCCUACAGGGGGAGGUGGCCAGCCGAGACCAGGAGAUCUCAGGUCUGAAGGCCGAGGUGACUCGACUGACCACUGAGCUACAACAGAAGUCAACACAGUCUGCCGAAGCUUCCUCUCCAGAGUCAGACGCCGCCACCGCAGAGCUCCAGUCGCGGUUACAAGCCAGCGAGUCUCAGGUGGCCGCCCUCACGGAGGAGCGGAACUCUCUGCAGGAACGAGUCAAGAAAUCCAACGAGGAGAACCUGAAGCUGGCCAGUAAUGUGCGGACGUUGGAGGAAGAGAAGCAGAACGCGGGCGGAGACCUGCGGGAGGAGAUGGAGACGUUGAAGAAGGAGCAGGACGACCUCUUGGUUCUGCUGGCCGACCAGGACGCCAAGAUCGACAAGUACAAGACCAAGUUGAAGGAGCUCGGACAAGAGGUUGAGGACGACGACGAUGAUGAUGAUCUAGAUGACGAUGAUGAUGACGAUGAUGAGGGAGAUGCUGACUGAUCUAGAGGACAAUAGUGAUAACCAAUUUAUGCCAAGUUUUGAGCGUGUGUUGUAUAAUUUUGAAUGCCGACGUUGAGGUUGUCUGAAAAGUUUGAGCUGGAUAUUGUUGUGGCUGUGGGUAAUGCUGGAGACUUUUGACAACUCUCUACCCGAAGACUUGAUUCUACCCGAAGACAGGAUUACCGCAUGCUUUAGUUUGUCUUGCCAGCUUGCUUUGUCCGAUAAACACUGCGGCAAAAGUGCCAGAAGUCUUUUGGUUUCAGAUUCUCUGACAGGUUGCUUUUUGGCUUUAUGAUUAUGAUUUGUGCUUAAUGUGGAUACUAAUUUGUCGUUUUUUCUUUUUCUUUUUGCAGAGAAAAAAAGGGAACUCAUGUUGGAUGGAUGUAAUAGUUUUUUUUCAAAAGUUAUGAUCAUGUGGCUUUUAAAAAAUUAGGUCUAAUAUCAGUAUCCACGAUGAAAAAUAAAAGUUCACAUUAGAUAAAUUUUGUUAGAAAGUAAGAGGUAUUUAGGUUCUUCAUAGUUUAAACCUGGGGUGAUGAUGAGUUGGAAGGUGACUAUAAAUGACAUUUUCUUUAAAAGAAAAGGAACAAUAAAGGAAAGUGUGAAGGGUGAAUGAUGAUCUGUGAGUGUGAGUGGUGAAACAAGAUACUGCCAGAAUGCUUGGUUCCCUUUGCUUGUGGAGGAAAUUAUGGAGGCAUUCAUAAUACGCUGCAAUAUCUCUAUGUUUGUUUAAUUAAGUACUGUUGUAUGUGUGGAUACUUAUAAUAUAAGCCUGAAUGACUGUGUUUAUAUACUUUGCUUCUUUUGAUCAUUCAGUGCUUUUGUAGGCCUGUGUUUUCCCCUGAAGAUAUUCCCUGUCCCCUUUUGGUUUGUGGAGUUUUCCUUCCCCUUGUUGAUUUGCUUGGCAAAGUGUGCUUGGAGUUGUGAGAAUGGUGAAGCGUGAGGAAGAAGCAAUUCUGUCUGAUCAUUUUAUUAAGGAAAAUAAACAUUUUUAUGUUGUCCACGUA